CACAAAGCAUAGCAUAGAGCCAGAAACAACCAAAAAUUCUAAAAGAGUAAAAGACUAACAAACCCCAACAUGACUGGUUCUGGAUCUCCCUGUGGAGCCUGCAAAUUCUUGAGGAGGAAGUGUGUGAGAGGUUGUGUUUUUGCACCUUACUUUUGCCAUGAACAAGGUGCUACUCAUUUUGGAGCCAUUCAUAAGGUCUUUGGUGCAAGCAAUGUCUCAAAGCUCCUUGCUCACAUCCCUGUGAGUGAUCGUUGUGAAGCUGCAGUUACCAUCUCAUAUGAAGCUCAAGCUAGACUUCAAGAUCCAAUUUAUGGUUGUGUUGCUCAUAUUUUUGCACUUCAACAACAGGUGGUAAAUUUACAAACACAACUGGCUUAUCUCAGGGAACAAGCAGCUCAUAGAUGUCUUAAUACCUCAGCUGCUGAAAACUCUAAUGAGAAGUACCUUGGAAAACCUACUAAUUUUACUUUGCCCCAAGAUCUUCAAAGUUGGCUCCAGAUGGAAAAUUCCAACAUGGGUGGUCCUCAAUUUCUUCCAAACUUGUCCACCAAUUCUUCAACAACACAAUAUUAUGGGAGUACUACUCUCUUGGACCCUAACCUUGUUGGGAUCUAUGAAAAUUCAGGAUUAACCAUGGAAGAAAGCAUCUCAGUUUCUAACUUUGAUGAGAGUUGUAGCUCCAUGUCCUAUGACAUGCAAAAGCAAUGGGCCUUUCAUGAAGUGCAUAACAUUCAGUAAGUGGAUUUUGGUUACAGUCAACAAGCUUCAGGAAAGAUCUGAAUCUGCUUGAAAGAAUUGGUGAAGAUUGCACUUUAUCAAUUUUGAAUAACUUCUACAUUUAUGCAAAAAGAAUGCACUUUUCAGAUGCCAUAAAUAAGCUUAGGAAGCCUAGCUAGAAGUGUUGAUAUAUGAAUUGCAAUGGAAAUGGACCUAGUAUAUAUAUUUUUGUUUAAUCUAGUGUAAUAUUUGUAUUUGGAAGAAUAAUGGUGUAAUUUUUAGAGAUGAAUACUCUGGUUUUGUAUGAGCUAAAAUGGGUUGUUUAUGGAUCUACCA